AUGCGGCGAGUUGUUGUAACCGGUCUUGGAGCGGUGACACCGCUAGGCGUAGGGAUUCGGCGAACAUGGAAACGCUUACUAGAUGGUCAUUGCGGCGUUGUUAAUGUGAAAGACCGCGAUGAGCGCUUUGCUGAGCAGCCCUGUCAGGUUGCUGCUGUUGUACCACAGGGCAGCCGUGAGAAUGGGGGGUGGACUGCCUCGGAAUGGUUGAGUCGGGUUGAGGAGCGGAAGAUGGCCCAGUUUGCACAGUAUGCCAUGGCAGCAACAGAAGAGGCGCUGCAGGAUGCGAACUGGAAGCCCGAGCCUUUCGAGCAGAGGGAGGCGACGGGAGUUUGUCUGGGAUCAGGCAUUGGGAACUUUGAUGAAAUCUACAAUACAGUUAUAGCCUACGACAGGGGGGGCUACAAGAAAGUCAAUCCACUGUUUGUGCCAAAGUUGCUAAUCAAUCUCGGCGCUGGGCAUAUUUCCAUGAAGUAUGGGUUCAUGGGCCCGAGCCAUUCCGCAACAACGGCUUGUACGACUGGUGCACAUUCCAUUGGUGAUGCAGCUCGGUUCAUUGCCUGCGGCGAUGCUGAUGUGAUGGUCGCCGGCGGCGCCGAGUCCUGUAUCCACCCUUUGGCCAUUGGCGGCUUUGCGCGGGCAAGAAGCCUAGCGACGGAAUUUAACGACAAUCCGGAGAAGGCGUCACGGCCAUUUGAUGCCGACCGUGCAGGCUUUGUGGUUGGCGAAGGAGCGGCUGUUAUGAUCCUCGAGGAGCUAGAACAUGCUCUCGCAAGAGGGGCUCGGAUUUAUGCAGAACUCAAAGGAUAUGGCUGCUCUAGCGAUGCACACCAUAUGACCUCGCCUAAGGAAAAUGGCGAAGGUGCGUUUAUGGCCAUGAAAAAGGCGCUUAAACAAGCCCAGGUACGGCCAGCUGCAGUGGACUAUGUUAAUGCACAUGCAACUUCGACCAUUGUUGGGGACGCUGCCGAGAACGCUGCUAUCAAGGCACUUCUGCUUGGCCCUGAUGGCAAAGAUAAGGCUGCUGAUGUGAACGUUAGCAGCACAAAGGGUGCCCUCGGUCACCUGCUUGGCGGUGCUGGUGCUAUAGAAGCUUUGAUCAGUGUACUUGCAAUCCAUGAGAAUACUAUGCCCCCUACUAUCAAUCUAGACCGCUUGGCUGAUGGGUUCGAUUGCAACUAUGCGCCGAAAGAUGCCCAGUCACGACAGAUUGAUGUUGCCUUGACGAAUAGCUUCGGCUUUGGUGGAACAAACAAAUACGAUAUUUUUGCGCUCACCAUGGCGAACAGUGGUGACCCCGGUCGAGGACCGGGAAGUCUGGUUGAUGCUUCCGGGUACACCUUCACGGACAAGGAUACCAAACCCGGCAAGAUCAAGGUGAAGAAGACAUCCAAGGCAUCCACCAAGAAGAAGGCAGAUGAUGCCAAAGAUGGCCCUAUCGACACCUCCCCUACCGCCUCCCCCCUCCCCACCCUCGAUAGCAAAGUCGUCUCCGUGUUCCCGACCGGCAAGCCGCGUGAAGAUGACCUCCUUGAGACCGUAAUCUGCAAGCAUUGCAAGCGACCUACUCUCAAGCAAACUGCAGCGGACCAUGUCCGCGGCUGCUUGAAGGCCAAGCAGGAGAAGGCGCGUAAGAAGAAGGAAGCCCGCGACGCAGCCAAUCGCCUGAAGGCCGGCGACGAUCGAGACGAUGACGGCGCCGACAAAGCCGACGGAGACAACCCCAACAUGGGCCAGAAGAGCGCCAAGAAGAGCGCCACCAAGGGCACCGAGGACGGCAAUAGGAAGGGCAAGAAACGCAAGGCCGAUGAGGACGACGGCAAGGAAUCAAAGAAAAAGAAGAAGAAGGACGAGCCCAAACAGAAGACAGCCAAGCCUAAGGGUCCUGUCGACGUCGAAAAACAGUGUGGUGUUACUCUUCCAAACGGCGCACAGUGCGCUCGUUCCUUGACCUGCAAGAGCCAUUCAAUGGGUGCCAAGCGCUCGGUUCCUGGUCGCACUCUGCCGUAUGAUAUGCUUCUCCAGCAGUAUCAGAAGAAGAAUCAGGCUCGCCAGCAGAAGGCUGCUAUCGAUGCAAACGCUCCCCUGCAGGAAGAUAUCGAGAACACAGGUCCCAUUGACUCAGACGAAGAAAGAGACUCCGUCAUGGCCGCCAUUGCCCGCUCUGCACCCCAGCCUCUUGUUCGCCACCCCAUCAUCACCACCAAGUCGAAAUACCGUUACGUCCGCAUCAAGGAGCAGAUGUCACAUGCCAUGGGAGUUCGGAAUGGCGGUGGUCUUUUCUCAAACGAUGAUAGCCAACCCCUAUUUGGUGGAAUUCUUUUUUCAACCGUUGCAGCCGAUUUAGACUCAUCAUCGUCUCUUGAUGCCAAUGGGGAGGCUGAUGUCUCUGCCGGUGGAAUGGAUGCAGGCAAGAGAUCGUCUAUUCCAGGUGGCCGCAAAACCCCGGUCACUUCAGCUGCUUGA